CUUGCACCACCACCACGGCAGUACACCAUGUUCAAAACAGCGGCGAGGAAGAUCGCGCACAACACGACCAUGCCUGGUCUCCCAGGCUUGUCGGCAAAGCAGGAUUUGCGGUCCUUGCAGGAGCUCAUCACUUCGGAGAAGGCAAUUUUGAAUUCGUUGCAGAAGCUGAGCGCGGACUUUCAACGGGCGUCGGAGGCCUUGAAGGUGUGGGGGUUAGGAGAGGGGGAAGACCUCGCGGAUACGCUCGGUAUGUCGACAAGCCUACUCCUACAUUGGUCAACGGCACUUGCUACGUUCGCCGGCCAUGAGCAAAACGUGCGAGACCAAAUGAAAUCUGUACGAUCGCGUGAGGAAGCCCUCGACGAGAUGAAGCGACGCCGCAAGUCUGUGUUCAGCGAUGCCGAGGCUGCGGAGCGCAAACUUAGCAAGAUGAACCCCGAGAACAAGAACCUGCAGCAGCAGACGGACCUCCUAAACAGACUGAGGGACGAGAUACGCGCUAUGGAUACGGACAUCAUGAACGAGGAGGCUGGGCUUGGCGACUUCAAGCGCUACAGUGCCCGGGCCUGGAUGGGGCUGAAGUUUGGAGGUCUGCUCGAGUGUUGCGAAAAGGGCGCAAUCGUCGGUGAACUAGGCAAGCUGGUCAUUUCCGAAAUAUCUCUUGCACCUGCGCAACCUGGUCUGCCUCGCCCCUACUACACUGGGCAUGCCCGCACCGAGUUCCUUGCAGCGGAGGCAGCGCGCUCGGUCUCUGAAGUUCCCUAUUCGCCGGAUCCGAACCCGCAUCCCUCACAACGCACCUUGCGCUCAAUGCCGGGUUCAGAGCUGCCCGCCAUUCCUAUGGACCGCCCAAUGUCUGCAGCAUCUGGGGGCGGUCAGUCAGGCUACGGACCGGGUCCCGGCGCGUACCCGGGUCUCCCUCAAGUGGAGGAGUCGGGAUUCAACAUUCAGCAGUUCAUGGGCCCCGAUCAACCCGGGACACCUCAGAACCAGCUCCCUCCUGUGAACGAGUUUGGCACCUUCGGCGGAGGGCCCAUCGUUCAGACGCAUUCGCUCAACCCUGCGGAGCGGGAGAAGCCCAUGAGCCCCCGGGGAGGGCGCUUCGCUACAUUCCCCGUGAAGGCAGGCGGCCCUCGCCCGCCUCCCGGUCACACCGGGGGCAGCAGCAUGUCCAUAACGAACCCCUACAUCUCACCCGCGAUGAGGGAUGGCGACCGCGCACCGUCUAUCGAGAUCGACCGCAACGACGAAUCCUUCGCAUCCAGUGUCGCAAUGGCCCUUGGUCAGUUCGGGGACAACGGCGCGUCUGGCAGCGGUCCUCCGCAAGCUGGAUCGAGCCGUUUCUCACCGCCGCAAGGCUCUCUGCCGCCGCAGGACGUCAAGGGCGGCGCGGACUUCGGGCCUCAGCGGUACUCGCCUCCUCCGCCCAUGUACACUCCCUCCAAUGAUCUGCCCUCGGGCGCGGCGCCUCCCAAUCCUCCUAGCACGCACCAUAACGGGCUUUCUGCUCCGGGUCAGGAGCAGCAGGCGAGCUCGCGGCCACAGUCGACAGCUGACGAGGAGGAAGGGCUGGCGUACAUGUCCAAUGACAACGGGUCGAACGAGUCGAUCUCUGACUCCGGCGAUAGGCGCGUCAGGUUUGGCGGAGUGAGCGACGUGGACCGCGAACUGGAGAAGCGUCACGCAGAGCAGGAUGCUGCUGCACAGCGAUCCCAGAGCCCUUCCGCGGGGCAGUAUGCGAAUGAGACACAAGCAGGCCGUGUCUCUCCUGAAGUGGCUCGCAUGUCCAAGGAGAUGCCUCCAGUGCCGGGAGGCCGUUCGCCGACCUCACCUACCGCGCCUCGUAUACCCUCUCCACCACCACCUGAAGGAGACUCGCUAGACGAGGUAUCACUCAACGCUGCAGCAGCGCGUGAGGUCUCGCGCGAGCUUGACGCCCUGAUGAUGUCCUCCCCGCCUGUAUCGCCUUCGGAGAAGCCCCCCGCAUCCCCGUGGGGCGCGCGUCCUCAGAUACCAUCCUACCCGCGACAGGCUGUAUCUCCCCGGCCGUCAGUCGAUCAGUCGACCUCCGGACAGGCGUCGCAAGCCAGCAGCCCGAAGCUGGAAGGGAUGUACGUGCGGCAGCGCGAUCGCUCCGCCUCUGGCACCGUUAGCGCCCCGGUCGCGAGGGUUCCGCCUCCUGCGCCUCCUCCCCCCGAGGCGAUACCUACUCCUGCCUCACCCACUGCGAGCAAUGAAGACAAUGACUACAUGCAGCGCUCUAUUCCGAACAUAUCGCGCAUCUCCCCCGCACCGAGCUCCAAUGGCACGCCAUUCCGCACCCCGCUGGAGACGCCCUUAGCGGGACCGCCCGUCGGCUCGCUCUACAACAUGCCUGGCACCACUGGCUCGAACACGUCGUUCUCAGCCCCUGGCGGAAUCCGUACGAUCUCUGCGGCUGCGUUCCGGCGGCCCGUGCGCAACGCGAGCGGGACACUCGUCGAGGGAGGUCGACAGAGCCCAGGGCUAGCCGACACGAGCCCGCUCAUGGUGAAGAAGCGGCCGCUGCCGAGCUCCCCAUACCCUUCGCCGCAUCCUGGUGCGAACCUCCAGGCGCCCGGGGGCAUCCCUAGGAGCGUAUCGGCGUCGGGGGGCCCGCAGUACCAGCAGUCGGGAGACGAGCAAGGCCAGCGGCCGCUCACGCACUACCGGCAGGAUGACGAUGACUUUGACUACAUCUCGGCGUACACGGAGUCUGCGCCCAACGCGGGCCAUGGUGACGGUCCGAGUUCUCCUGGGUAUCAACAAGGCCGGUUCGCCACGAAUCUCGAGGAUGGAAACGUUUUGUGAGGGCCUGAACCCAGUACCAGAUUGAUCCGCAGGUGACGUCCAUGUAGUCAUUUCAGCAACACGCGAGUUCGCGGUCUAUUUAACGCACAUCUUGUUGUCUAUGCACGCUGUCAGUGUCGCACAUAAUCAUUCCCUUUGUAUCCCUACGCUGUCUAUUUCUAUUCACGCGGGGCCCUUCCGUGAUGUUUGUUUUCAUCCCUCUCCCUCUGUAUCUUCGAAACACACUUCUAUAUAUCUCGAGAUGGCGGCCAGUCAUGGCCACCGUUUUGAUGUUCCGCGGAUGUUGCUUUUUCUGAUAUCUCGAUGCCCCCGCUUAUUCAUGACGCGAUCCGCUGUCUCGCGGCCGCCACAGCGAUACUUCCGACCCCAGUUGCGAGCGCGCAGGAGCCCACGAAGAUCUCCACUGCGCCGUAUCCGGCGCGUCCGUAGCCAUGGCCGAGGGUGGACGACUUGCCCGCCUCCAGGAGCACGCCAGAGACGAUCGGCCCAAUGACGGCCGAGACGCCCUUGAAGAGGGCGGUCCCCGCGUAGGUAAUGUCUGCGUUUUCUGGCAUCCGUCCGGCGCAGUCGACAGCCGCGUUCGGCCACACAGACGAGAA